UGUCAAAAAUCUGUUUACCUCUGUCACCACCGGUCAACUCCGCUAAAUUCGAGAAUAACUGUUUUUUUUUUUUCUUCUAAUAAACUAAGCAACAAUUUGAAGAAAAAACAAUAAAAUCUAAAUAUAAUGCGAGAUUUGCACAAAAUCCUUGAACUUUUCUCCAACGAAAGUGCGAUGGAUUACUGUCAAGAAUUUGAUGCCAUAAAAUCUGUUCUAGACUUUUGCAACAACAACGUAAAAUCAUUGAAUAAAGUUCGUUUCCGAGGAGGUAAUGAAGAUGUUGUGGAUGAGAUUUGCAAUCGACUACAAGAUUACCUCCUCAAAAUGGACUACAUAGAUGGGGAGACUAAAAAACCACUGCCGAAAGCGCAACGCCUACUGCGUAAGAUGGUUAUGUUUCUUCUUGUAAAUACUGAUGCCACCUACAAGUACAACCUCAAAGAUGAUCCUGGGCUGGCACAUGUUAUAGAAAUCUGCCCCCUACUACCUAAGUAUCUUUUAGUUGCCAUAAUUUGGCAAUUGAACCUCGAUCAAUUCUUCUAUGAAGCUUUGGCGCAUUGUCCUUGUUGGUUUUCGUUUCAGUAUUUUGAAAUUGCAACUGACUCCCUAAAACACAUCAAGGACCCCUAUGAGGUGCUGAUAAAAGUCGAGAACAUGGUAAGAUCCAUCUUCACGAGCAUCACCAAGUCGAAGGCUCAACGUAUUAAUUUUGUUGACAAAAAAAUCAUACUCGGCAAGCUGUAUGACUUUACAAUGAAUCUUUUGAGACAAUUCUACACCCCAGAUGCGGAAAAGUUCAAGACAUUCAAGAAAAAUGAAUUCUUCACAUACUCAGGAUAUGCUAUCAAUCAUAUUCUGGAGAUGAUCAUUUUCGCCUUCGAUGUGUACGAAGAAAAAAACAAUUUGAAGCCUGAUUUUGAUGUUGGUGUUUAUGACGUGUGUUCAUCAAUUUCUAGCCAAAAUCCGACAUCCGAAGCGGAGUCACACUCCCUGGUAAAGGAGUUUCAGUUAAAAGUAAUAACUGCACUUCUAAACUCGCUUCAAUAUAACGUUAUGUUGGUCAAGAUCGAUGUAUUCAUGCACUGGGUCGAGGUGGAUUUGAACAGCCAGGAGACUCUUCAAUCGGUCAUCGGUGUCAAGUCGUUCCUUGUUGGUGAGCGUAUGCUAGCCAAUCGGGACUUCCAUCACGAUGUUGAACAGCAGCUUAAAUCGAUUGCCAUUCGCCCAAAGACCUUGGAAGAGCAAAUUACAGACGCAACAAUUGGCGAUAUCCUGGGCAAGUUGCGGGAACCCCUCGAACGGCAUGUAAAAAAGGCCUGGUUCGAUGGACUCGUCAAAAACACUAUAUCCUUAGGGAACGAGGAAUGUCUACAGUCCAUCAAGGAUAAUAUAAAAUUGAUGAGUUUGGAUAAUUGCAUGGAAAUUCUGGAUUAUAUCGAACUAGAGCAGAAAGUACGGGAACAAACAGAGGAUAAUGCCGCAUAUGACUGCAUGGAUAUCGAUUCAUUGCCCGAUCUCACUACAAUACUCCUUGCUGCAGUGCAGAUUUUAAAUUCAGCCGAUAUUAUCAAGCUUAUUAACUUCGAGGUGAAAAAAUUCGGCAAAGAUGUGACUCAUUUUCAGGAAGAACGUUUUAACGAACGAGCUACCGAAUUUCUCAAUAAAUUCUCAAAUGAGUUUGACGAACAAGGAUUCCUUUGCUUGUGUUUUGAAAAUCCCAAAGCAAUGUGGGGCAAGAUGUUUGACGUUGCAUGUAAUUCCGAAGAGCAUAUUGGAAUUUUUUGUUCCAUGGUCAAAUUGAUGCGUCCUUUGUCAAAUGAUUACUUCCAUCCACUUUUGAGCAGUGCUCUACGAGAUGAACGAAUUCAACAGAAAUUCUUUAGCCAACUGUUGUGCAGUAUUUAUUUUGAAUUGUGCUUCGACAGGCAAACUGAAUUUUUCAAACAAUUCUUUAAUUCUUGUGUAAAUGAGAUGUUGGAUUCGGAGCGUUAUGGUGAUUUGAUUCCAUUGGUUAAAUGUCUGAAUAUGAUGGUGUCAAAGGGCAGUAAGGAAGGUCUACCAUUUGGACCAGCAACUGCACCGGUUCUGUUGAUGGCAGCUCAAAUUAUGGAAAAUGUUCGUUGGGAUCUGCUAACAUAUUCGGAUGAAAAAGAUGAAGUUCUUAAGGAGUGUGCUCAAUUUGUGCAAAAUACUAUAAAAGGGUUUUUGCCUUUGGCUAGAGAAAAGGAUAAAAAAUGGAUUAAAAAAUCAAUUAAAGACUCAUACCGACCACUUACUCAAUACUAUUUCCAAAGAUUUUCACUUACUCCAGAUCAACCUCCCAAAAAAUUCGAUGAAUUUCUCAUGUCCUCAGAAAAUCAAACUGCUGCUGAUAUUGAAAUGUUUCUAAUAAGUAAUUUCAUACGAUGUACUACAAAAGAAACCGAUUGGCUAGCACGUAGUGAUCGGCUUUUACCACAUAUGUCCGAUAUGAUUCUUACUCUGGGAGUUGUUGUCAAUGAAACGGAAAAUCCAAAUGCAGUCCUUAAUUACCGCAAUUGUAUGGUUAACUAUGCAAAUAUAGUUAAAAAAUACCUGAUACCAGGGGUAGCUAAAAAUACAGCUAAAGUGGAACAACUUAUAACAAAGCUAUUGAAAAUAAUCGAGUUUGCACCGGCUGCAAUAUAUGAGGAAAUGUUCAUGAGCUUUGAACGGCUAUUGGUGGAAGUAAUGCAACAAUGUGUUGUACCAGUUGACGAAACUAUAACAAGUAAUAUACGAAAAAAUAUUGUUAAAAUGAAAGAUUGCAAGGGCAAGGAAUUGUUUUUAACAAAAUACAAUGCACUCGUCACAGAAAAUCUAAGCUAAAUAAUAAAUGUAUUGUUUUGAAUUGAUUUAA